AUAUUUUUUCUUCGAAUUUUUUGUUCUGAAGAAGGGUUUGGGGACGUUUGUAUUGUUUAUUUUUUUUGCUCUUCUGAUCAGCUAGCUGCUGAAAUGCGCGUUUCUAAUGGGUUGCUGUGCUGCUUUGUACAGUUGCUGUGGCUGGUGACCGUUUCAGUUUUUGGAGCCCAUAUUGAGCACAUAGACUUGGGGAGCUCCAGGGCUGCUGUUGUCUCCAGGGCAACGAAUAAAAGCUAUGUUGAUUUUCAUAUCAGUGGAGAUGGCAAGAACACUGACUCCCAUGUUUUGGUGGAAAAGCUGCUGAAAAAAUCCCAGAGGGAUGUUGUGCAGCUUGGCACCUCUCCCUCUGCAGCUACCCCAGUCUCUGCAGCCGCCAAAGAGACGACAGGCCCUGCCUCCAGCAUUCCAGUCUCGGCCUCUAGCCAAGCAGGCUUGUCUACUGGUACUUCUACAAGACAUGACCAGACCACUCUCCAAUCCAAUGAGGUCACCCAGUCUCUGCCGCCCACCCCUUCCCCUCGACCUGCCUCUCUGUUCUGUAACUUUGAGCUUGACCUGUGUGGCUGGGAGAACUGCCGCAGCGGGGACUUCAACUGGCUGUUAAGGAGGGAGAGGCCGGCUGAGUUUGAGACCCACACUCUGCCUGAUGGCCAUGCUAGCUGCCGCAACUUUGCAGGGCAGUACCUGUACAUGGAGGCAGCGUUUCCCAGGGAGAGUGGUCAGACUGCAGUCCUCAUCAGCCCAGUCUUCAAGGGACCCAAGUGCCUGUCCUUCUGGUACAGUCUGAUCGGAGAUGGUGUGGAAGCUGUCACUGUAUAUGUGGCGUAUGUGAGCUCUCCAGACAGCUGGCACAAGCUGUGGUCUGCUAGUGGUGCCAUGCCCAGGAAGUGGUCAUUUCAGCAACUGGAUCUGUUUAUCGGACCCGAUGAGGAGUUCCAGAUUCUGCUGGAGGGAACCAUCAGCAACAACUACUGCGGUGACGCUGCAAUAGAUGACUUAUCGGUCUCUGAGAACCGCUGCACGUCAUUCAAGAGGCUCCACAAACACAGGCGCCGCGAGCUGCCAGCUACCCCAGCACCUGAAGGGAGUCCCUCUGUCUCCACUGCCCCAGUGCUGCCCCCUCCAGAGGUGCUGGAGACGCUGUUCUGUGACUUUGAGAAGGGGCUGUGCGGCUGGUCCCAGUGUACCAGUGAUGACUUUGACUGGGAGCUUCACCAAGAGAGACUGCCGCCCCUGCUCAGUGCCACGCAGCCAGACUCCCAGGGGAAGUGCCGCAACUUUGAAGGGCAGUACCUGUACAUGGAGGCAGCGUUUCCCAGGGAGAGUGGUCAGACUGCAGUCCUCAUCAGUCCAGUCUUCAAGGGACCCAAGUGCCUGUCCUUCUGGUACAGUCUGUUUGGGGAUGGUGUGGGUUCUCUCAGUGUGUACAUGCAGUAUGUGAGCACAGCUGGCAUCUGGCACAAGCUCUGGUCAGUCGGUGGGAACAAGAGCAGGAAGUGGCACCUGGCUGACCUGGAACUGUUUGUGGAUCCCAAUGAGACAUUCCAGAUGAUUCUGGAGGGGACUAUUGGGAACAAUCCCUGUGGGGGUGUAGCUGUUGAUGACUUGUUUGUGACGGGACACCAUUGUGGCAAAGAACAGCACGCCCCCUGCUGGAAAUCUGAUCUCAUAGUUUUUCUUCGAGUUUUUUUCUUUGAAGAAGGGCUUGGGGGACGUUUGUAUAUUUGUAUUGUUUAUUUUUUUUGCUCUUCUGAUCAGCUAGCUGCUGAAAUGCGCGUUUCUAAUGGGUUGCUGUGCUGCUUUGUACAGUUGCUGUGGCUGGUGGCCGAUGGCAAGAACACUGACUCCCAUGCUUUGGUGGAAAAGUUGCUGAAAAAAUCCCAGAGGGAUGUUGUGCAGCUUGGCACCUCUCCCUCUGCAGCUACCCAAGUCUCUGCAGUCGCCAAAGAGACCACAUCUGCCUCCAGCACUCCGGUCUCAGCCUCGCAUGCCUCCAGCACUCCGGUCUCCGCCUCCAGCCAAGCAAACUUGUCUACUGGCACUUCUUCAGGACAUGACCAGACCACCCUCCAAUCCAAUGAGGUCACCCAGUCUCUGCCGCCCACCCCUUCCCCUCGACCUGCCUCUCUGUUCUGUAACUUUGAGCUUGACCUGUGUGGCUGGGAGAACUGCCGCAGCGGGGACUUCAACUGGCUGUUAAGGAGGGAGAGGCCGGCUGAGUUUGAAACCCAGACUCUGCCUGAUGGCCAUGCCAGCUGCCGCAACUUUGCAGGGCAGUACCUGUACAUGGAGGCAGCAUUUCCCUGGGAGAGUGGUCAGACUGCAGUCCUCAUCAGUCCAGCCUUCAAGGGACCCAAGUGCCUGUCAUUCUGGUACAGUCUGAUCGGAGAUGGUGUGGAAGCUGUCACUGUAUAUGUGGCGUAUGUGAGCUCUCCAGACAGCUGGCACAAGCUGUGGUCUGCUAGUGGUGCCAUGCCCAGGAAGUGGUCAUUUCAGCAACUGGAUCUGUCUGUCAAACCCGAGGAGGAGUUCCAGAUUCUGCUGGAGGGAACCAUCAGCAACAACUACUGCGGUGACGCUGCAAUAGAUGACUUAUCGGUCUCUGAGAACCGCUGCACGUCAUUCAAGAGGCUCCACAAGCACAGGCGCCGCGAGCUGCCAGCUACCCCAGCACCUGAAGGGAGUCCCUCUGUCUCCGCUGCCCCAGUGCUGCCCCCUCCAGAGGUGCUGGAGACGCUGUUCUGUGACUUUGAGAAGGGGCUGUGCGGCUGGUCCCAGUGUACCAGUGAUGACUUUGACUGGGAGCUUCACCAAGAGAGACUGCCGCCCCUGCUCAGUGCCACGCAGCCAGACUCCCAGGGGAAGUGCCGCAACUUUGAAGGGCAGUACCUGUACAUGGAGGCAGCGUUUCCCAGGGAGAGUGGUCAGACUGCAGUCCUCGUCAGUCCAGCCUUCAAGGGACCCAAGUGCCUGUCCUUCUGGUACAGUCUGUUUGGGGAUGGUGUGGGUUCUCUCAGUGUGUACAUGCAGUAUGUGAGCACAGCUGGCACCUGGCACAAGCUCUGGUCAGUCGGUGGGAACAAGAGCAGGAAGUGGCACCUGGCUGACCUGGAACUGUUUGUGGAUCCCAACGAGACGUUCCAGAUCAUUCUGGAGGGGACUAUUGGAAACAAUCCCUGUGGGGAUGUAGGUGUUGAUGACGUGUUUGUGACGGGACACCAUUGUGGCAAAGGAGAACAACGCGCCCCCUGCUGGGGUUUAGUAAUUGAGAGCGGGGCUCAGUAUAAAUACACGUGGUUUGCUGCCCUGCUAACCCGAUUCUUUUUGGCUGCUGAAAUGUGCGCGUUUAGUGGAUUACUGUGCUGUUUGGUGCAGUUGCUUUGGAUUGUGAAUGGGUUUGGUUCCCCUAUCGAGCACAUAGACUUGGGGAGCUCGCGGGCUGCGGUCGUCUCCUUGGGAACGGAUCAGAAAAGCGACGCCGUUCUUCACACUAAUGGCGAGUUUCUGUCAUCCAGUGAUACGUUUCUGGAACAAGGGGAUAUUAGGAAGGAGAUACCAAGAAAUGCCACUGAUGUGAAAGAGAGAAUGUGGCCCAAAGAUGGCAACACCGUUAAAAUCCCAUAUUCCGUGUCGAAGCAAUACAAUGAGCAGAGCCUGGCCCUGGUCAAGCAAGCUUUCGCUGAAUUUGAGGAGGAUACCUGUAUCCGGUUCGUCCCAGUGACCACCGAGGAAGAUUACAUCGUCAUCAACCCUGUCACUCGGUGUUACUCAUCUGUGGGUCACGCUGGUGGCGGCCAGUUGGUUUCCCUGGGUCUGAACUGCCUCAAGCGAGACAUGGGAGUUGCUACACAUGUGCUCAUGCAUGUUCUGGGCUUCUGGCAUGAGCACACCAGAGUGAACCGUGACAAACGUAUCGCUGUGAAGCGGGAAAAUGUCUCGCCAGAACUCGCCAGUAACUUGAAGAUCCAUGAGGAAAACAUGCUAAAAAAUGACUACAAUUCCAUAUUGCACUACAGCCAGUAUGCCAUCUCUGUAAACCAGCAGCAAACUAUGACGCCCAUUCGUGAUGCCAACGUUCCUAUUCGUCGGAGGAAAGCUUUGAGCGAGAGCGAUAUAAAAAGAAUCAACAUGUGGUACAACUGUGAGAAUCCUCUAGCAGAUGGCGACCAGGGCCACAAGAAUACUGACUCCCAUCUUCUGGUGGAAAAGCCGCUGAAAACAUCUGAGCGGGAUAUCUUGCAGCUUGGAGUCUCUCCCCCUGUGGCUACCCCAGUCUUUGCAGCUGCCAGAGAGACCACAGGCCCUGCCUCCAGCCCUCCGUUCUCGGCCUCGCACGCCUCCGGCACUCCGUUCUCGGCCUCGCACGCCUCCGGCACUCCGGUCUCGGCCUCGCACGCCUCCGGCACUCCGGUCUCGGCCUCGCACGCCUCCGGCCCUCCGUUCUCGGCCUCGCACGCCUCCGGCACUCCGGUCUCGGCCUCGCACGCCUCCGGCCCUCCGUUCUCGGCCUCGCACGCCUCCGGCCCUCCGGUCUCGGCCUCGCACGCCUCCGGCACUCCGGUCUCGGCCUCGCACGCCUCCGGCCCUCCGGUCUCGGCCUCGCACGCCUCCGGCACUCCGGUCUCGGCCUCGCACGCCUCCGGCACUCCGGUCUCGGCCUCGCACGCCUCCGGCACUCCGGUCUCGGCCUCGCACGCCUCCGGCACUCUGGUCUCGGCCUCGCACGCCUCCGGCACUCUGGUCUCGGCCUCGCACGCCUCCGGCACUCCGGUCUCGGCCUCGCACGCCUCCGGCACUCCGGUCUCGGCCUCGCACGCCUCCGGCACUCCGGUCUCUGCCUCGGCCUCCGGCACUCCGGUCUCGGCCUCGCACGCCUCCGGCACUCCGGUCUCGGCCUCGCACGCCUCCGGCACUCCGGUCUCGGCCUCCGGCACUCCGGUCUCGGCCUCGCACGCCUCCGGCACUCCGGCCUCGCACGCCUCCAGGACUCCGGUCUCGGCCUCGCACGCCUCUAGCCAAGCAAACUUGUCCACUGGUACUUCUACAGGACAUGACCAGACCACCCUCCAAUCCAAUGAGGUCAACCAGUCUCUGCCGCCCACCCCUUCACCUCGACCUGCCUCUCUGUUCUGUAACUUUGAGCUUGACCUGUGUGGCUGGGAGAACUGCCGCAGCGGGGACUUCAACUGGCUGUUAAGGAGGGAGAGGCCGACUGAGUUUGAGACCCAGACUCUGCCUGAUGGCCAUGUUAGCUGCCGCAACUUUGCAGGGCAGUAUCUGUACCUGGAGGCAGCAUUUCCCUGGGAGAGUGGUGAAACUGCAGUCCUCAUCAGCCCAGUCUUUGAGGGACCCAAAUGCCUGUCCUUCUGGUACAGCCUGAUCGGAGAUGGCGUGGGUGCUCUCCAUCUGUAUGUGGCGUAUGUGAGCUCUCCAGACAGCUGGCACAAGCUGUGGUCUGCUAGUGGUGCCAUGCCCAGGAGGUGGUACUUUGAGGAAAUGGAUCUGUUUGUCAAACCUGAGGAGAAAUUCCAGAUUCUGCUGGAGGGAACCAUCAGCAACAACUACUGCGGUGACGCUGCAAUAGAUGACUUAUCGGUCUCUGAGAACCGCUGCACGUCAUUCAAGAGGCUCCACAAGCACAGGCGCCGCGAGCUGCCAGCUACCCCAGCACCUGAAGGGAGUCCCUCUGUCUCCGCUGCCCCAGUGCUGCCCCCUCCAGAGGUGCUGGAGACGCUGUUCUGUGACUUUGAGAAGGGGCUGUGCGGCUGGUCCCAGUGUACCAGUGAUGACUUUGACUGGGAGCUUCACCAAGAGAGACUGCCGCCCCUGCUCAGUGCCACGCAGCCAGACUCCCAGGGGAAGUGCCGCAACUUUGAAGGGCAGUACCUGUACAUGGAGGCAGCGUUUCCCAGGGAGAGUGGUCAGACUGCAGUCCUCGUCAGUCCAGCCUUCAAGGGACCCAAGUGCCUGUCCUUCUGGUACAGUCUGUUUGGGGAUGGUGUGGGUUCUCUCAGUGUGUACAUGCAGUAUGUGAGCACAGCUGGCAUCUGGCACAAGCUCUGGUCAGUCGGUGGGAACAAGAGCAGGAAGUGGCACCUGGCUGACCUGGAACUGUUUGUGGAUCCCAACGAGACGUUCCAGAUACUUCUGCAGGGGACAAUCGGAAACAAUCACUGUGGGGAUGUAGCUGUUGAUGACGUGUUUGUGACAGGACACCAUUGUGGCAAAGGAGACCCUGCACACACCACUGUCGCAAGGAAUAAAACAUUGUGAAACCUUAAUGUAAUUUAAAAUAUAUUUUGUAUUGACUAAUA